AUGCAAGUUGUUGGAGGAGUCGAAGUUGUAUUUGAUGAUGCUUGCUUGAAGGCAUUUGAGGGCUUGAAAGAGAGACUCACAUCGACUCCUAUCAUUAUUGCCCCGGAUUGGUCUAAGCCCUUUGAGUUGAUGUGUGAUGCAAGUGGAUUUGCCAUGGGGCCCGUUCUUGGCCAAAAGUGUGAUAAGAUCUUUCAUCUAAUCUACUAUGCAAGCAAGACUCUAAAUGGUGCCCAAAUGAAUUACACGGUCACCGAGCAAGAGUUACUUGCUAUUGUGUUUGCUUACGAGAAGUUCCGGGCUUACUUAUUGGGAACCCAUGUGAUUGUUCACACCGACCAUAUGACUUUAAGUUACCUCAUGAAAAAGAAAGAUGCAAAACCGAGGUUGAUACGCUGGGUCCUUCUCUUGCAAGAAUUUGACUUUGAAGUCAAAGGUAGAAAGGGUUGUGAAAAUCAAGUGGCGGAUCAUUUGUCUCGUCCUGAAGAGGGUGAGCGUCCAUUGGAUGGCCUAGAAAUUAAUGAAUCAUUCUCGGACGAGCAAGUGAUGGCGGGGUCAUAUGAUAUUAUUCCAUGGUAUGCCGACUUUGCAAAUUAUCAUGCUAGCGACAUCAUGCCGGAGGAUUUGAACUUCCACCAAAAGAAAAAGUUCUUGAGUGACGUUCGGAAAUUCUAUAGGGAUGAGACAUAUCUAUUCCGGGUUUGUGCCGACAACAUCAUAAGGAGGUUCAUACCCAAAGUAGAAAUGAUGUCCAUCAUUGAGGCGUGUCACUCAUCACCCGUUGGUGGACACCACAGUAGCUUAAGGAUGGCGGCCAAGGUGUUUAAAUGGGUGAAAGCCAUCGCGCUCCCUAAUAAUGAAGGAAGACGUGUCACCGCAUUCUUGAAGAGGUAUAUUUUCUCAAGGUUUGAAACUCCCAGGGCAAUCAUUAGUGAUGGGGGCUCUCAUUUUUGCAACCGGUUAUUCAAGACUCUUCUUGACAAGUAUGGAGUCAAGCAUAAAGUUGCCACCCCAUACCAUUCCCAAACAAGUGGACAAGUUGAAGUUUCAAAUAGGGAGAUCAAAAGCAUACUAUCCAAAAUAGUGAAUCCUAAUCGGACCAGUUGGUUAAAGAAAUUGGAUGAUGCUCUAUGCGCUUACCGAACGGCUUACAAGACACCAAUUAGCAUGUCUCCUUAUCAAUUGGUGUUUGUCGAAGCUUGUCAUCUUCCGGUGGAACUUGAACACAAGGCAUUAUGGCCCUUGAAAAAUUUGAAUCUAGAUUAG